UAACACUCAUCUCACUCCAUAAUUAUCUAGGAUAUAUAUUAUUUCAUGGUUGUUUGUUCUUCACGGUUAUUAUUCGUUUGAAAAUGAUUGUUUCCAAAAUAAUGAAGUAUAAAUAAUUUGUUAGCGGGGAAGUUUUGUUGUCACUCAUAUAAAUGACCUCCACUAAAUGCCCACACGGUGAUAAACAGACGUGUAGCAAACAAUAGGCAAAACAAAUGUGUUCUUGCAGAAGAAGUAUCGGUGAGUACGACACUUGGCUCCAUCAGUGUGUUUGUGUUUAAUUCUCUGUAGCAACCAGCAAACACAUCGCUCAGGAAUUCAACCUGCUUCAGCCGCUCAGGGUCACGAUGGAGAAAUACGCCUCAAAAUUUAACGAAGCUCUCCUGACACCUGAGCCCCACUACAUCCCGGGGUUUGCUGGCUACUGCCCACAACUCAAGUACACUGUGGGGAAGUCUUAUGGUAAGCUCACAUCCCAGCUGCUCAGCAGUCCUGAGGCGAAACACUCUACUCGUCUGGCCCCUCACCAGGGUCUCGUCCCCUCUGCAGAGACUGACUCUGCUGGGACAAUGAAGAUGCUACCAGGAUACACAGGCUUUAUCCCAAAGAGGCAGAACUACUAUGCCAGCAGUUACUCUGAAACAUGUCGCAGAGCGCUGACUGAGUUUCACCAGGAGAGACGUGCGAGGAUCCAACGGCGAUCAUCAGACCUGCCAGCGGUCGCCAACUGUAGCAACUAUCAGUUUAAAAGACCGAGUCCCCCCUUUACAGCAAUCUCCGACAAGGUCUUCUCCUACAAACCCUCGAAGCCCUUAAUACCCCUCGGAAAACCGUAUGCAAUGGGUGAUGAUGACCCAAACAAGUACUUCAUCUCAGGUUUCACAGGACACGUACCAAAAUCUCGCUUCCUAAUCGGCAAAGGCUACCCAAUCACUACCAACCAGGCACUGAUCCAGUUUGGGGAGCAGCGGCGGAGUGACGCCACAUCCCAAAACUUCACAGAGAGAAAGGAAAGCUCAGUAGCCGCCACGUCCACAAUCUAUUCGUCAAACAGCGGCGUGGUGCCAGCGUUCACAGGACACAUUCCAGGAUAUAAGUUCAUGUACGGACAAACCUUUGGUCAACUUUCCAAGAAUGCAAUGGAAAAGAGCGGGAUCAAGAGAAUUCCUCAGGACAAGUUAUAAAACCAUGAAUUAAAUGUUAAAUACUGGCAAGAUCAA